GAAUUAAAAUGUUGUAACGGGUGGGGAAGAACCAACGAAACAAUUGACGAUUUUCUUUCUGCUUCUUCUUGUAAGUAAAAAUUGUGAAAAAUAAGAGAGAAGCAAGAAAAAUGAGAAUGUGAAAGUUUGAGUUCUUUAUUAAUUGUUCAUUUUAUAUAAAAAGGGGAAAUAAUCAAGAGAAAGUUCUCUAUUUUUAAUCAAAUUCAGAUUAUUUCAUUCAUAGUCAAGUGGAGCUUCUUACAAUUAUUCUUAAAAGUUUUCAAGCUUAAAGAUAAUAACACCAAACAAAGAAAGCUUAGUGAAAGUUACAAGAUGGAGCAAAACAGCAUAUGGAAAAAUAUACCAGUUGAUAUAUUGGAACAAAUUAUGAAGCAUUUGCCCCAUAGAGAGUAUCUUGCAUUAAGAGCAAUAUGCUAUCCUUGGUGGAUAUCAGUUUCUAAUGUCAUGGCAAAAGAUAAUUGCCACCCUUUAACUGAACUGCCACUAGUUUUACUACGAAAUGAAGAUUCAAUGUUUUACAGUUUGAGUACUGAAAGUUUACAUCGCCCCAAAACGCAACUGCUCAAGCGCACUCAGUUUUGUCAUGGCUCAUUUGAAGGAUGGUUGAUUAUGGGAGACUAUACAGUUUAUACUGUAGAAGGUUUUGCGACAUUUUUCUUCUUGAAUCCAGUGACUAAUGUUAGAAUCAUGAUACCAUCAAAGUUGUACUUUCCAUCCAACUCUUUAUUAUAUGUGGAAAAAAUGGUGGCCUCUUCCAAGCCAGGUUCAGAUUGUUAUUUAGCUGGUCUUUUGGAUGAUUUUUGUCACAUUGCAAUUUAUAAACCCUUUGACAACUCAUGGACUAUAAUUGAGCCAGAUAAGGAUUCAGGGAUUUAUUUUGUGGAAGUGGAAAUUAUUGGUACGAAAUUGUAUGUAACAACUGACAAAACCUCACAAUCCAUAUUAUUGGUUUAUGAUCUCAAAGACUGGACUAAUGGACCUCCAAAGGCUGAAAUGUUGGCUAAGCUUCCAAAAUUGAGGCCCCUAGUAUCAAGUAUCAGUGGUAACCAUUGUAUCGAAAUCGAUCACACUAUCUGUUAUCUAGCCAAAGAUGAAGUGUCAAGAGAGUUAUACUUGAUUUACAUGAUCUGUAACGUGGAGUACACAACUCUACAUAAUUAUGUCCUAACAUAUGUUGAGCCACCUGAAGUUACCACAAUUGAAGUGUACAAGCUGGACAUGAACAAGGAGCCUAUUGGGUGGCAGAGUGUGAGGUUGGAUGAUAGAGUAGCUUUUGUUAGUAGUUGCAAGAGCAUGGUAAUGUCAAGGGAUAAACUUAAUUACAGUAAAGAGUUAAUUAGAGGGAAUAGCAUCUAUUUUGGUUUUAUUUUAAAAUGUAUUGUGAAUCCAUGGUUAGGUUUGAAGUUGGGGAUGUUUUGUUUGAAUGAUAGCAGCAUCAAAUACUUUCCUUUGAAGACAUCAAAUCAUUGUUGUGCUCCUGAUCCUGUCUGGUUUGUACCAAGUUUAUGGUAAUUCCACUAUGUUGACACCUACUUCUUUUUAUGUCAAGGCCAGACUGCAUCAACCACAACAUUCCCUGCAAACCUUUUUUUUUCUUUCUCUUUAAGGACCUCUAUUUCAUUGUACGGGAUUUUUCUUCUUCUUUACAGCAUGCAGUGUUGAUUCUAAACAAAGGAUUCAGUUAAUGUUAAGAUGUGUAAAUAAUGAAAGCAUUGCUAUUGGCAAGUAUAUUCUUGCAGGUUUUAUCUUA